UCCGAGGCUCCCGCUGUUUCUUCUCUUAACAUCUCUGCACAAACCAAAAUUCACAUCAUUCAAUCUUCACACAUUCAAAAAAAUAAAAAUAAACAGCCAUAAUCUUCUUUCUGCUCGAUCUACGCAUUAAGAGGAUGUGUUGUAUGUGUGAAGUCUGAAAAUUUUGUAUUCUAGAACAAUAAAAAGAAAGUUCUAUUGUAAAGUAAAAAGGAGAAGAAAAGGAGAUUGUUUUUCUUUUUCUCCAAUAAAAUAUAUUUGAAGGUAUAAAAGAGGACUGCAGUCGUAGGUGGCGAGUAAAAUGGAUUUGUGGCGGGAGUUUGUGGCGAGCAAUUGGGGAAGAGAAUUUGUGGCCGGCGGAGUGGGCGGAACCGCCGGUGUUCUGGCCGGAUACCCGCUCGACACGCUGAGAAUCCGGCAGCAGCAUUCGGCCGGAGAAUCGGCUUUCGCCAUCCUCCGCCGUGCCGUGGUGAAAGAGGGGCCGUGCAGCCUCUACCGAGGGAUGUUUGCUCCCUUGGCUUCUGUAACUUUCCAGAACGCCCUUGCUUUCCAAACAUACGCAAUCCUAUCACGAGCUUUGGACGGCGGCGACGAUCCACCGUCAUACAAAGCCGUGGCCCUGGGCGGGAUCGGGACGGGGGCCACACAGAGCCUCCUCCUGAGCCCGGUGGAGCUACUGAAAAUACGGCUACAACUAGACCAGAAAGGCAAGACAUCCGAAAGCCGGCGCGGCCCCGUGGACGUGGCGAGGAGCAUAAUCCGGUCGCAGGGGUGGCGGGGGAUAUACCGCGGGUUAGGCAUCACCGUGCUGCGGGACGCCCCCUCGCACGGCGUCUACUUCUGGACGUACGAGUACGUGCGCGAGCAGCUACACCCGGGCUGCCGGAAGAGCGGCGGGGAGACCCCGCGCACCAUGGUGGUCGCGGGGGGGCUGGCCGGCGUCGCCAGCUGGAUCUGCUGCUACCCCUUGGACGUCGUCAAGACCAGGAUCCAGGCGCAGUCCACCUCCUGCUAUACCGGGAUGCUCGACUGCUUCGCCACCAGCGUCAGGCAGGAAGGCUAUAGCGUGCUCUGGAGAGGCCUGGGGACGGCCGUCGCGCGGGCAUUUGUCGUCAACGGCGCCGUCUUCACGGCCUAUGAGACGGCGCUCAGAUGCAUAUAUGCGUAACCUGCAUGCUUUCCACUGUUUUGCCCAAUUUGUAUUUUAUGUAAAUAUGUAGCCACUUUUAAUAAUUAAAAAAUAUGUAUAUUAUUUUUGUCAAACAAAGCAUGCAUAAGCUUCUCUAAAUUUUGUAAUCUAGUGAGUUGAUUUUUCU